UUUGUUUGAUUUGGAUAAUUUUAGAAACACAAGAAAUGAAGAUACGGUUAGCAUUUAGUGUUGUGGUUCUGAUAUGGUGGUGAUGGCUGUUGUUCCUUCAUCAUCUUCGACUCCCAACCACAUUUAUUUAUUUAAUCAUUCUAAAUCUCAUCGCAUCGAGAGAUGUCAUCAUAUUCGUAUUAUUGUCCAUUCUCAAUUUGGCAGCCACAACAACAUCACUCCCUCUCUUCCUCUUUCCCAUACCACCAACGACAGCAGCAGCAGCAGCAGUUACUCUCUUGUUGUUCACUUUUCAGACAGAGGCUAAUUCCUUGUUCAAGGCUUGAGGAAAUAUCUGUUGCUGAAGAAGAACAUCAUGAAAACACCAACAACCCAUCCUCAAAGAAGAAGAAGAAGAAGAAGAAGAAGAAGAAUGAUGAUGGAGAAGUGGGAAUUUCUAAAAUACAAGUCCCCAGGCAGAAACACAUCCCUGUUUCCAAGUCCCAACUUCUAGAUGCCAUCCUCUCUAAUAUCAUGCUUGAUCAAGAUGCUGCUCAUCACUUUCGCCUUCUCACCUCAUGUUUGGAUUCUAUACUUCAUGCUGAGCACAAAACCAUCUUAGAGGAAAUGCGUUCCGAUUAUCAUCUCACCAAUGAACUCCAAACUCACUAUGAGGAUGAGGACCCUCUUGUACCAGAGACACAAGUUGUGGCCAAUGGCAUUAUUCAAUCUGGGAACGGGAAGGUCUAUCAGGAUAUCCCGCUUCAACCGGAAAAGUCUAUGCUUUCCGACUAUGCUCUCAACCUCGGGACUCUUUUGCGCUCUCUCGACAGAACUCCCAGCAACGAUUAUGAUAUGGUUUCCAGAGUUACCAUUGCUACUCGUUUCCAACAUGCUUUCAUGCAACUUCUUUCCGAUGCACAAUUUGAAGAACUAUCAGCUCGGGAUCUAAUGUUAACAUCUGCAUUGAAUACAGACUACCUCCUUACCUUGCCAGUAUAUGUUGAUUGGGAGAGAGCAUAUGAGUCUAAUGCCAUAAUAUUUAGGCGGGGUUAUGCAACUGAGAAGCAGAAUGGCCUAUUAAUUGUUGAAAAACUGGAUUACUUACAGUCCAAGCUUCUACAAACAAUCUUCUUUGUUAUAUCAAAACCACUAGCAAAACUUGGCACCAGGAUAAGCAAGCUUUAUGAAAAUUUCAGUCAGCUACAUGAAGUGCACAAUUGGACAGAAAGAUUGAAGCUUUGGAUAAAGGAACUGUCAGUAUUUCAAAAGUCACAGGUCUAUAAUGACAAUGAUUUGGAUGAGAAAAUAGGUGUAAAGCAAGUACCAAAUGCAGAACUCCCUAUUUGGCUGGCAGCUCAGAGGGCAGUAGCCCGAUAUGAAGGGAUUUUGUCACCUGUUGGUCCCCGUGAAAGGCUCUUGAGGAGAUUGCUUUCUUGGGUUGGACUUAUUCCCCCUACACCAGAAACACAUUUUCAGGUCGAAAAUGAUGGUGAACCCCCUGAACCUUAUCUAAGGCCUACUUUCUUAUCAAGGAUAUCACUUAGUGAUACAUGGAGACCUGCAACAAGGAAAUACUGUGGAAAUAAUCCUUGGAAAAUGUUAAAAACUUCCAUUUCCAUACUUUUCUCACAAUCAGUCCUGCAGGAACCAGCCUUUGAAGAAUUAAUUCUACUAUAUACGAAGGAAGUUGGUGAAACAAAUGGUAAAGAUAAAGCUGAGGUUCCAUCAUUGCAAUUAAAGAUAUACGAGAGAAUUCCUUUUCCCGAUUUACCGGUAGUUUUUCCUCACAAAAAACUAUCAUUCCGCAUCAUAGACACUGUGCGCUUGGAUGUUGCCUCAAUUUUGGGGCUCCUGGCAUAUUUUAUAAACUACAAAUUUGAGAAUGUCUUAUCUUCCCCAUCAGCUGUAUUACUUGAUGUAGUUGCUGUAAGCGCUCUAAUAAUAUAUGGGAGCCGCGUGGUUCUAGGUUACAAACAGACAUGGGACCGGUAUCAGCUGUUAGUGAACAAGACACUUUAUGAAAAGACCUUAGCAAGUGGCUUUGGCUCAGUGCAUUUUCUUUUAGAUGCUUCUGAACAGCAGCAAUACAAGGAAGCUAUUUUGGCUUAUGCAGUCCUGCUCAACGCAGAUAAGGGUCAGGUCACUUCUUGCCGAAGUGUAGGAGAGAAAUGUGAGAGAUUCAUGUAUGAAGUGUUUAAAGUGAAGGUUGAAAUGCCAAUUGACAAGGCACUCAAUACAUUAUUAAGGCUAAACCUAGCAACUGAAACUUGUAUUGAUGGAAGGCACGGGUUGCUGGCUAUACCUUGUCGUCAGGCCUAUGAGGCCCUUAAAGAACGAUGGAAUAGUUUGCUUUGUUAAACUGUAAAAAAAAAAAACUGUGUUCCGAAGUUUUUAUUCAAGGGUAAAAAUGGAAUUUAGGGGGGAGGGGAGAAAAGAUAUGCAGGGGCGGGGGGAUGAGAAUUUUUCAAUGUAAAAUAUGCACGUUUUACCAAAUAUAGGCACUAUCCGGUAAUUGUUCUGUAUAUAUAUGAGUCUGGGCACUAUUCAUAUUUGAUACUACACCUUGUGUUGAUAUAUAAAACGAAUAAAUAGGGAAUCCUGGUCAGAA